UUUACCGUUAGGAGGUAUACCACAGCAAUCUAAUUAGGCGAGCAGCCAUGGUAGACGAGUAUAUAAGGAUCUGGGGAAGCUGCAGAAAGGCAUCAUCGCCAGCUGCAGAUCUUCAUUUCACCUGCAAGACAUUGACUACGCAAUACCUACGUGAUCAAGCUCACCCGUCACAAUGAAGCUCACUUCUGCUCUCGUCGUUCCCCUCAUUCCCGCUCUGUCUUCGGCAGCUGCCCUUGGUCGUCGCCAGAAUGGUGAUGGUCCUCAAGGUGGUACUGAUGCCACACAGGGUGACCUCAGUGGUCGCCCACCACCACGCUUCCCCUUCCCGCGUGUCGAGUUCCCCGUCCCCAGGGAGACUGUGGUCUUGAACGAGACCAUGUACAUCUACCCCGGUCAGACCUUUGACGGAAAGAUGAAGCGUUACGAGCGUGUGGAGGGCAGCUGCAACGAGCAGGCCGAGGGUACUGAUGCCGAUGCCGUCUUCAACCUCAUGUCUGGAGCCACCAUCAAGAACGUCAUCAUUGGCAAGCACCAGUCUGAGGGCAUCCACGCACUCGGUGACGCCUGGGUUGAGAAUGUAUGGUGGGAAGACGUCUGCGAGGACGCCCUGACCUCCAAGGGCCUCAACACGCAGCUCCGCGUGAUUGGCGGCGGCGCCCGCAAUGCCCAGGACAAGAUCUUCCAGGACAACAGCCUGGGCGGCAAGUUCAACAUCACAGGCUUCUACGCCGAGACCUUCGGCACCUUCUACCAGUCGUGCGGCAACUGUCUCAACCAGGCCAAGCGCAACGUGACGAUCCAGAACGUCAUCGCCGUCAACGGCACGCGCAUGGGCAUAAUCAACCCCAACUACGGCGACGAGUACCGCCUCAAGAACGCGCAGAUCAAGGACCUCACGCGCAUGGUCGACAAGGAAAUCGGCAACAACGUCCAGACCGUGCCCUACACCGUCGGCACGGGGCCCGACGAGAAGUACGCCCUGUACAACCUCACCCGCGACGCCAUCACCGAGUUCAACGGCACCGUCCUGAACGCGUACACCCCGGAGGAGCCCUACGAGUGGCUGUCCGAGUUCUGGCCCGCCACGUAAACGCGAUAUGCGAGCAAUGAGGAACGACCCUGUAUAUAGAACUAA